AUGGAGUCAUGCGGCACGGUGGUGAGCAGCACGCUUGCCGUCUUCUUGGUUCUGCAUCUGGGUCUGAUCCCCAUUAUGGCUCAGCAAAACGAACUACAGAUUGGGGUCGCAGGACAGGCGGUGACCCUGAACUGCAGAGGCAUACUUCAUGACUCACAUGUUAUCUGGAAGUACUAUAAGAUUCUUAUAAAGUCAUUGACAACUACCUCUUUGAAAGGCAGAGCUACCAUGACCGAACGAUCUGAAAUCACCCGCAACAAACACCUGAGGGUGUCGGACUUAAGGCUCUCCGAUGCUGGCAUCUACACCUGUGAAUAUGGCUCUCACACAGUCAGUAUCUCACUGCAUGUCUUUAAAUUGAUGAUCUCUUCAAAUGGGUACUUCCUGCCAAAUGAAAUCCCUGAGCUGACUUUAAUGCAAAAUUCAUCCCAUCCUCUAUCCGAUCUCACCAUCACAUUGUUUAACAGUAACAAUAACAUAGUAAGACCAAAACUCUUACAAAACAAGACCCGUCAAAAAUACAUACUGAAGUUAAAGAAACUGGAGGCUACGGACAGCGGGACCUGGAUGUGUCACGUCCAUUCAGACUCUCCAUUGAUUAAUUGGAACAUCUCCUUUGAUGUGAAGGUAUUAGGUUUUCAGAAUCCGGAUUUGGAAAGAAAGUAUGCAGCUGUUGACAGCACUGUCAUCUUGUCAUGGAGUCUGAACUUCCAGAAGAUAAAAUGGAAAGAAGGUUUCACAGGACAACUGAGUUGGAAACAGCAGGAAAAUGCAACCACUCAUGAGCUACUUGAUUUCAACGUCACAGCACGAGGAGAGCAGCAUAGGACCAAAAAAGGCAGCCACUUUCGGUUUGAGAUACUUGAAAACAAACCUGAAAGUACCAUAGAAGUGAAACUCCCCAAAGUCCAUUUCAACCACUCUGGGCAAUACCAGUGCCAGCUGGCGUACAAUGGAAGAUCCGUGCAGAGCAAGAUAGAGCUGGUGGUGAUGAAAGUCUCAGCUAACCCUGUUGGGCCACUCCCCAGAGGGGCCGAGAUGACCCUCAUCUGCCAGGUCUCUAGUCCGCUCCCAUCCAACGCCCAGUUGCGCUGGGAACGUGUGAAUGGGACUCGGAUGGACAUCAAGAAGUCAAAGCAGGAUGAAGUAAUGGUGGAGGUGAACGUCAGCACUGCAGGCCUGUGGAACUGUCACCUCAUAGAAGACAAUGACAGGAAGAUCAGCCUUCAUUACCCCGUGGAGGAAGCUCCUGUUUGGAUUAGCUAUGUGGUAAUUGGAGCAAGCAUUGGAGGCAGUGCACUGGCGUUUGGCCUCGCGUGCCUGUGCAUCAUCAGUGGUAUAAGCUGGCAGCGGAGAAGGCAACGGGCAAAAAGGAUGGCACGAGCAAGACAAUACUUGCUGGAAAACAAGACAUGUCAGUGUCAACAGUAA